AUGGAUAGAACCUUGGAAUCCCUGAAACACAUCAUUACCCAAGUCCUGCCUCACAGAGACCCAGAUCUUGUAUUUAAAGACUUGAAUGUUGUGUCAAUGUUGCAGGAAUUUUGGGAAAGCAAACAGCAACAGAAGGCUGUGUUCCCAAGUGAAGGUUUGGUGGUAUAUGAGUCAUUGCCAUCUCCUGGGCCCCCAUUUGUAAGUUAUGUUACCCUCCCUGGAGGAAGCUGUUUUGGUAACUUCCAGUGCUGUUUAAGCAGAGCAGAGGCAAGACGGGAUGCAGCCAAGGUGGCCCUGAUCAAUUCUCUCUUCAAUGAACUGCCCUCUCGAAGAAUCACUAAGGAGUUCAUUAUAGAAAGCGUUCAGGAAGCCAUUGCCUCUACCAGUGGCACUAUAAAUGAUGCUGAUGACCCAAGCACCAGUAUAGGAGCCUACCACUAUAUGCUGGAGUCAAACAUGGGGAAAACUAUGUUGGAAUUUCAGGAGCUGAUGAUUGUUUUCCAGCUACUGCAUUGGAAUGGAAGCCUGAAAGCCCUUCGGGAAACCAAGUGUUCCCGACAGGAGGUGAUUUCCUACUACUCCCAGUAUUCUUUAGAUGAAAGGAUGAGGAGUCACAUGGCCCUGGACUGGAUCAUGAAGGAACAAGAUUCACCAGGAAUUGUCUCUCAAGAGCUGCAGAUGGCCCUGAGGGAGUUGGAGGAAGCCAGAAGAGGGGGUCAAGAGCUUCGGUUUUACAAAGAAAAGAAAGAAAUCCUGAGUUUAGCCCUAGCUCAGCUCUACAGUGACCAAAAUACCUCUUCACCUAGGGAUGAUCAGAUGAGUCUGGCUGCUUUAUGUGGCUACCACUAGCUGAAACCAGAACUCCAAUGGACCCAUCAGGUGCUGAACUAGAAAAUGCUAAUGCUUUGUUUUUUUGAUGGACCAUGUAAGUUGGUCACUUACAUUUACAAUUUUAGAGAAAUGUAGCUGCUAAUUGAAGUUUCACUCCAUUUUCACACCAAUCUAGCCUGACCCUAGCCCUAUCAUAUAAUAUGGAAUCUUAAAGUUGAAAAGGACCUCAGGGAUCAUCUAAUCCACUCUUCCAACCAAUGAAAGAAUCUUUUCUCACAGACUAUCUAGGCCUAAAUUGGGAGGACGGGGUAGGAAAAAUAACAAGUACUAUAUUUUUUCUCAUAUGUUCCUCACAAUAAACCUGUGAGAAGAUGCCAUUAAUAUUCAUUUUUUUGCUAAUUAGUAAACUGGGACUGAGAGAGAUUAUAUAUGGCUCUCCAAAAUCACAGAGUUAACAAGUGCUGCCCAACUUCAACUCCCAGUCUUUCCAUUAUGCCAUCUAGUUGCCUCAUAGAUGAGGAGAGAAAAAGAUAAUUUGAAAGAUAUUUUCAUGAGUCAUUGAAACCUUACAGAAUAGAUCCUCAAGAUCGAGUAAGCCUGACAUAGGCUUUGAUGAGCUACAAUACAGGGUUGUCUAAACUAAGAAACAAAUUUCAGCCCUAGAAGAUUGUAUUGAUAAACUUCACAAAAAAUCUGGUGACCAAGUUCCUCAAAGAAUAAUCAGCUAGUAACAUGUUA